UUUCUGGUCCCCAAAGCCUUCUCAUGGACCGAUUCAAACCUUCUAAAGGGCAAUCGACAGGUCCUGAGCAUACCGAAUGAUCAUCACAUAACCACUAACCACUAACCACUAACUAAAAAUAGUUGACUUUCAAAAUAUUUGUGUUGACUCGGUUUUGUAGACUCUCUCUCCCAACUCGCAAUCUCAAAGAUUGGAAACUCCAAAGCAUCCUCUCUUACCUCUUUUCUCUACUUAUACUCCUUGCCCAGCCCAGACAUUGUGAAAAACUCCUUAUAUCUCCAACUCGAUCUCGGCCAGUCUGUUCUUUAAAGAAGAAAAAUGCAGUACAGAGCCGUAGAGAUUACAAUAAUCUCAGCCAAAGAUCUGAAAAAAGUAAAACACUUGACCAAAAUGGACGUGUACGUCGUCGUGUCGCUCUCUGGGGGUCCGGAGAUGGAGCAGAAGACCCCAGUGGACAAAGCAAGCGGACCCAACCCAAAUUGGAACUAUCCUAUGAGUUUCAACAUCGACGAAGAAGAGGCUCAUAAGGGACGUUUGGCCCUACACUUCAAGGUUAAAUGCCACCGGAGACUUCACAGAGAUAAAGAUAUCGGAGAAGUCAGUGUUCCGGUCAAAGAGUUCUUGGAUAACGGCGAUGACGGUAAGUUCCUCAAGUACGUCACUUACCAGCUCCGCAAACCAAACGGCAAGCACAGAGGUCAGCUCAACUUGUCGUACAAGUUCGCCAAUCAAGCCCUCAAAAUGACGUCGUCGAUCAAGGUCCAUGAUACUCUUUUCCAAGUUCCGGUUCUUGUAACCGCUUACUACCCAGAUAAUUACGGUGCGACCGAUUUGAACUCGCCUAAGUCGGUCCCUUCAGUGGGAUAUCCCAUCCAAGGUGGGAAUCCGGUGUUUAAGAAUUCGGGUUCGGGUUCAGGAUCAAGAUUGGGUUAUACGGAGUAUCAUAAUCCAGUGUUUGUUUACCGCACUUCACAAUUUGUUGAGCCACACAAGGCUGAGGACCCGGAAGUGGACGCCUUUCAGUAGUAAUUUUGAUUUUGUUACUGGAUGUGGCUAAUGCUCAAAAUGGGGUUGGUGUGGUUGAUGCUAAUUUCUUUCAUUGUUUCUUUUGUCAAUAAGGUUUAAUUUUUCCUAUGAUUUAUGGUUUUUUCACUAAUGCUAUAGAUUAACAUUGAGGUGCCUUAUAGCACCUAAGAGAUAUCUAGGUUUGGGAGGAGUGGCUGCUAGUGCUAACUUUAGUUUUCUCAUUAAUUUUUUAAAAAAAUUAAUGAAUUAUUUUUCUUUUUUAAAUUCAAUAAAUAAGUUUGACUAAUGAAGAGGUAACACUUGUUAAUAUAAUCAAAAUUACCAAAGUAGAACCGAAUUGUAGUAGCGACGAAGAGCAUUGCUAUAAGGCACCCUAGAAUGUAGCAUAUGACCAACAUCAGGUCCUACAUAUUUUAAUUGAAAUAUGUGGGACUUUAUAUUGACUUGCACUAAUAAUAACAUUAGGUGUUGGACACCCUCGGGUGCUUCUUUGCAA